AUGUCACAAUCAAAUUUAGGAUCAAAGAAGCCAUUGCAAUCUAGAAAUAUUGGACUUCCUCACAGUUACUUGAAAGAAAUAUCUAGUGCAGGAAAGGUUACACCUGUGUCUGCUCGAUCUAACAAUGAGAUUUUUCACUCGGGCCAAAGCGGCAGUACUAACGAUAGGUCUGCUACGUCUGUUUCCAACAACGAAACUACAAAGACUUACCCAAUAAGAGUGCACAGAAACAGCAUGUCACUUGAUUCAUUAAAUAGUGGAAUAAAUCACAAGAAGGCUUCAAGUCAUGCUACUGAUAGAAAGUAG